AACCAGAGGCGAGCCGAGGAAACAGGUGUGACGAGUGGGAGGAGCCACAGGAUGAGUGGGAUUCUGAAGAGGAAGCUGGAGGAGGGUCCCGCCCCCUUCCUCUCGCUGCAGGGCUCCGAGGACGACGAGGUGUCCUGCAGCGACAGCGGCAACAGCAGCGACAGCCUCAACCAUCCGGUUCCCUCUGGGCUGCUGGACUCUUCUCUGCAGCAGCACCCGAAGCGACUCCGGGGCCGCAACGUGCACUUUGAGAGCGUGACCGUCUACUACUUCAACCGGCGGCAGGGCUUCACCAGCGUGCCCACGCAGGGCGGCAGCACCCUGGGGAUGUCUCCACGCCACAGCGGGGUGAAGCGCUUCACCCUCAGGGAGUUCGCCCUGGAGCAGAAGAGGAGCCACCGCAUCAUGCUGAGGGAUCAUCUCAAGGAGGAGAAGCUCAACGCCAUCAAACUCAAAAUGACAAAGAACGGCACGGUGUCAUCGGUGGAGGCCGACAGCCUCACGCUCGACGACAUCUCUGAGGACGACCUGGACGUGGACAACACCGAGGUGGACGAUUAUUUCUUCCUCCAGCCUCUGACCACCAGGAGACGCCGCGCCCUCCUCCGGUCCUCGGGGGUGCGACGCAUCGACGUGGACGAGAAGCACGAGCUGCGUUCCCUCCGUGUGUCCCGGGAGGAGUGUGGCUGCCGGUGCCGCGGGGCAUGUGACCCUGAGACGUGUGCUUGCAGCCUGGCCGGCAUUAAGUGCCAGGUAAAUGGAACUGUGGUGGACCGGAUGUCCUUCCCCUGCGGCUGCAGCAAAGACGGCUGCAGCAACGCCACAGGACGCCUGGAGUUCAACCCGGUCCGGGUGCGCACCCACUUCCUGCACACCAUCAUGAAGCUGGAGCUGGAGAGGAGCGGCGACGAGCUUCAUCAUCAUCAUCAUCAUCCUCAUCAUCCUCAUCAUCAGCAGCAGCAGCCGCCGGAGCAGCAGCUGGUAACCAACGGCAACGGUUACCAUGGAGACUCGUCCUUGGUCCAGCAGCAGCAGCAGCCGAACCUGCAGUUCCCACUGAUGAGCGCCACGCCGCACAUUCCCAUCAUGCACCUCCAGAACACAGGCGACGCAGAUUUACAUCUAGAUGAGGAGGAGGAAGAAGAGGAGGAGGAGGAGGAGGAAGAGGAUGAAGAUGAUGAGGCGUAUGAGGAAGACGAGGACGGCAGCAGUAUGUGCAGCGGGCUGUCAGACUGCAGCACGCACAGCUUGGAGACAAUCGAGCCCGAGGAUGGAGAAGAGGACGAGGAGGAUGAGGAAGACGAGGAGGACGAGGAGGACGAGGAAGACGAGGAGGACGAGGAAGAGGAAGACUGGGAGUGCUCACUACCUCCGCCCUACUCUGUCCCACUUCCUUCUGUGCUGAGUUACUCCAACAACACACUCGUGAGCCUCAGUAACCCCUUCCACAGCACCCCCCCCAUGCAGCACUAUCAGAUGGACGGUUCUGUGAAGGACACUCCACCCAUCCUCCCCAGCCCCCCCACCCUCCCCACAGUGGAAACAGCACUCAAGGCCGAAAUAAACACUGAGCCCCACUGCCGAACGUUCCCAGGCCCCACUGAGUCCCUGACGCUCCAGACCCGUUCACAUGUACACCCCCGUGAGACGAGCGCCGCAGCCAAUGAGCGGCCGCGCUCCACAGACCUCCAGAACGGUCCAGACGACCAUGACUCACACACUGAGGCUGUGGAGCAGACAGGGGAGGAAAUAAGAGAGCCAUUACAGGAGCGGCUGAAAGAGCAGGGAGCCGAGCCCGGUGAACAGAGCGCCUGA